AUGAAGAUUUUAAUGAGAGCUGAUACACACUGUAGUAUCAUAGUGGGUGAAAGUGACUAUGGCAAACCAAAGUAUACAUUUUCGCAGGUACUGGCUGCAAUUGGAGUCUCGUUGGGUUCAAUGAUAGUUGGUUUCUCUUCAGCUUACACUUCACCAGCACUUGCUACUAUGAAAAAUUCAUCUACUAUUUCGGUGUCCGAAGAAGACGCCAGUUGGGUCGGCGCGUUACUACCUUUGACUGCAGCGAUCGGGGGCAUUAUCGGUGGACCUCUGGUAGAUUACUUAGGACGUCGUAGAACGCUAAUACUGACUGCAAUACCGUUUGCUAUCGGAUGGAUUCUGAUAGCCUCAGCAAACAUUGUCCACUUGGUACUUGUGGGACGAGCAAUUUGCGGUUUAUGCGUUGGAAUUGCAUCAUUAGCUUUUCCAGUUUAUUUGGGUGAAACCAUUCACCCAGAAGUAAGAGGUACAUUAGGAAUAUUGCCUACAGCAAUCGGAAACAUCGGAAUCCUCAUAUGUAACGCAGCGGGUAAAUAUUUAGACUGGUCAGCACUGGCAUAUUUGGGGGCUGCUCUCUCUGUUCCAUUUCUUAUCUUAAUGCUACCUUUACCGGAAACGCCGCGUUGGUAUUUAUCGCAAAGUAAGACAGAAGAUGCCCGGAAAGCACUACAAUGGCUUCGAGGAAAGCAUGCAAACAUUGAUAACGAAAUGCAAGACAUAGCUUUAUCCGAUGCCGAGAUCCAAAACCAGUCAUCGUUUAGAGAUAUAUUUGAUAAAAAAUAUCUAAAAUCGAUUUCAAUUUGUCUUGGUUUAAUGGCUUUUCAGCAAUUUUCUGGUAUAAAUGCUGUCAUAUUCUAUACGGUAGGAAUAUUUAAAAUGGCCGGGAGUGCUGUAGAUGAGAAUUUAUCUGCAAUUAUUGUAGGUGUCGUUAACUUUGUAUCAACGUUCAUCGCCACAGGAAUCAUUGAUAGAGCGGGUCGAAAACUAUUAUUGUACAUUUCUUCAGUUACAAUGACUGUAACAUUAAUGAUAUUAGGUACAUUUUUCUAUGUGGUUAAUUUAGAAACGACAAGUUUAGGUUGGAUACCUCUUACAUGUAUAAUGGUUUAUUUGCUUGGAUUCUCAUUAGCUUUUGGGCCAAUACCAUGGCUUAUGAUGGGUGAAAUUCUUCCUGCUAAAAUAAGAGGAGCUGCAGCGUCAAUGUGUACUUCAUUUAAUUAUUUAUGUUCGUUUAUAGUUACAAAAACUUUCUAUAACCUCGUAAAAGCGAUAGAACCAUCGGGUGCAUUUUGGUUAUUUGGUAGCAUUUGUUUUACAGGAUUAUUUUUUGUGAUCAUAUGUGUGCCUGAGACGCGAGGUAAAAGUCUCGAACAAAUAGAAAAUAAACUAACACGUAGGCGUAACAGAUCACGAAGAUUAAGUUCAAUAGUAAAUAUAAAACCACUGCCAAGUGGUUGUUGA